CGAUACGUCACUCUCGCGUAAAUGCAGUGUUGAUUCAUUCAUAUAAAAGUUGUUCGCCUCCACAAAUGCAGGCACACUUGUCAACUGGAAGCAGGAAGAGGAACAUUAACCCACAAGAGAAAAGUGCAGCUUGUUAACGGAACAUAAAUAAAUACCGGAUUAUACUUGAAGGAUUCAUUUUCAAUCAAAAAAGAUCACUUCACAUCAAAAAUGGAGAAAAUUAACGAUAUGGAAGAAAUCAUGACCCCUGAGGACAUGAUUAUUGACCGCGAUGACCUACAAACCGGUUCGGCGGACGACGACGACCCUAAAAUUAUCAUGGAAAAUCCCACCCCACGUAUCACCAACCAUGCAACACAAGUUAUUGACGACAACGACACGCAAACUAUUGACGACGACGCUGAGACACAAUUUACUACCCCAGAAGAACCGGAAAUAUCAAAAGAGGAUACAUUUAUCCCUCUCACCGUGGAAACAACAGAUCCUGAGCACGAAAAAAUUCCACAGGUCGAAGACUUACCCAUGAAGGAAGAAAAGAAACUCGUCGCAAAUAAAAUUUCGCCCUUGUCCAAGUCCCCAAUUAGCAAACGGUAUCGCACCGUGAGCAAGAAAUGCAGCGAAGCAGCCACAAGUUCCCAACUUCUUGGAAGCAUUGUGCAACUUUUGGAAUCCCAAUUUUCCUGCAGCAUUUCCUGCAAAAGGUUGCGACGUCGGUCACUCGUCUCAAUCCGGUCCAAUUUCCCGUCUCCAUUCUUUUAUGAGGACGUCAAGUUUGAAUAAGAUUGUAUAUUUGCAUAAUAUUAAUUUUUGUUAUUAUUUAAAUGUUUUAAUAUACAUAAUUUGUUCCGUUAUAAUAGCACACAUUUUUGUAACAUUUUAAGAUCUUGUAAAUAAAUAUAUAAAUUAAUUAAUGUAUAACGUAGUCAGAAAAAUAUUUAUUAUUCUAAAUAGUCGUCUUUAACUUGUCAAAUUAGUUGUUUUUCAUUUAAACUAUUUAUUUUAAAUUUCUACACUAAUGUUUGCUUUACAUUUCGUAAAGUUUGUAUUCUCCGAAAAAUUGAAGCAGCUCACAGUAUUCAUGCUAUUUAAUUAAUUAUCUGACUAUUUAUGUAAUAACACAUUAUGCAUGCAAAGAGUAAAUACAAAUAAAAUAAAUGUCAAGCUUAUUUAAGUAUCAA